CGUCCACAUUCAUAUCAACUUAUCCACGAACUGAAAAUAUGUUCGAGCUUCCCACAUAAUACCUGUUUCUUCAAUUUUCCGGGCGAUCACAACAGCGGACAAUUUAGAUUUGAACUGGAAAGUAAGACACGCUUGUCGAGUACGGAGCUAAAGGCCCUCUACGAUAACAAAAUUUCCUCCAGCCUCAUGUUUGCCUACAACCCAACUGCAUGCGAUAGUCAUCUGUGUCUGAAUCAGUCACCAAAGUCGAACCCCAACGUUUUUCUUCACUCACCCCAUGCGCUAAUGAAGGGGAAAGUGCGUACAGUUCGCACAAUGUCGCUUCAUUCAGCCCUGCACUGUCUGGGUGGAAUUCAGCUACUUUACUUACUCUUCAAUCAACUGGACUUUCAUCCAGAUCCCGCAGAUGAUGCGACCAAAACAGCCCCUACUGCGUCAAACUCGGCAUCUGCCAACGCCUCACCUAGUCAGGCAGACCGCGGCAGUAACCGACUUCUUGUACCCGUCUUUGUGACCCUGUUGCGUCAGUUAUUUGACCAGCUUCUCUUUGACCAUGCCCUUUGGGUGCGAGCCCCGGCUCAGGUUCAAGAUCGACUUUACCAAUUUCUGGCUGGUGAAUUUCGUGUUGAUCUAAUUGUCCAAUCCACGCGGAAUGUCGUCGCCCCGGCGGUCUUUGCUCUCAAGACCUACUACUCGAUCAGCACUCCGCCACCCGAAUGUUCGUCCAGUGGAACUGCGACCACCAUACCAGCCUCCUCUGCAAGAGCCUCAACUACAGAACGGCCUUCAAUCCAAUGCCUUGCCAGAAUACGUUCCAACAUUCUAAUGUUCAUCAAGCAACUCUUUCUUCGAACCACAACCCCGCAGGGUGAAGAGUUGGAAUGCAUUCUCAACUUCCUUGCAACCGUAAAAGAGCCGGACGAUCUGCGCGAUGUUCUCUUCUUCACCACUUUGCUGAUGUCAGAAUACCCUGCCUCUAUGGUUCCCGCUUUUGACUCAAAGGAUGGUAUCCAGUGUGUAUUUCAGUUGGUAGAAUCGAAGGAUGAAUGUAUUCGUCUUUAUGCCCUCAAACUGCUCGGCUUCUUUCUGAAGUUCAGUAAAACAAAACGAAAACAAGAAUCAAUGGGUCAGUAUAGUGUGUUCAGCCUAAUAGGUGACCGCCUGAAUGCGGCCUCCAACAUCUUUUCCAUGAAGACUUACAAUGUCCUCUUCGAGGUGAGUGUUGGCGUUUAUGAAUCUACGCCUGCUUUCCUGCGUCUUGUUCUCUUAAUACUUCUAACUGAACGUGUAACGAUGCACAUCAGUGAGGUCGUCCUGCCCAAUCCCGACGCAAACUGUCGUAUAGAAAACCCAGAUGUCUCUUAG